AACCGAGUGUUUUGAGCAAUGAAGCUACUAUUACUGCUAAGUAUCAGCUUAUUUCUGGUGGAGGUCCACUCUCAACUAACCUUUCCUUAUGUCUCCUUCAACGGCCAGACUCUGGCCAAUCACUCCUAUGUGGACCUCACUCUAGUGGGGACGUAUUACAGUGUUCAGUGUCAUACUGACUUGUACACGUGUUGUACCAGUAGUUAUGGGGACCACAUUGGAGAUUGGUGUUUCCCUGAUGGAGAUAGACUGCCAUUUUCCGUGGGUGACCUUGAUAUCUAUGAGCACCGUGGUAACCGGAGAGUUGACUUACAGCGUAGAAGCAAUGCUACUUCACCAGUUGGUAUAUACCGCUGUGAUAUUCCGACUACUGCUGUUUAUGAUGAGAAUGAUACCUCAGUGAGGGAUACCGUCUAUGUGGGACUCUAUACCAGCAGGGGAGGAGAUAUAUCAAUAGCCGAAGACAUAACAAUGACUGAGGACUCUGACCUCAAUGGACCCAAUCCUCAAUUCACUCUCACCUGUAUCUCCACUGGUGGACCUGCUACCACUGUCGCUUGGACCAGAGACUCCACCACUGUCACCCAAGGGACCCAGACUGUGUUGAAUGACCCAGUGACUGCACGGUACACCCACACUCUGACUGUGACUACUGCAGGAGAGUACACUUGUACUGUGGCUAAUAAUAAACCAUCCUCUGCUUCAGCCAGGAUUAACACAAGUACUUCUCUUCCCACUAAUGUGACAGCAGUCCAGGAUGGUCCCACUAGUAUCCUAGUGUCUUGGAAUCCAUCCAGUGAUGCCACUGGCUAUAGGAUCCACUAUGACAGUCAGAGUUUGCCUGUUGAUGGUGGUAGACGCAUUCUAACUAAUCUUCAAAACGGAGACACCUAUUACAUAUCCAUUGAAGCCAUCUCUCAACGGCGCUUGCCAAGUAAAACACCUCUCAUGGCUGUGGGCUUAGUCCCAGACCCACCAUCUCUCGGUUCACAUCCUGCCCGGGCACUACAUAUAUCGACAUCAGUGGCACCGUUUCCAGUGACUCAGUGAUGACAGGCUAUUAUGUAAUGUGGUACCGAGAUACCUCGGUGGGGUGCUCCCAUCUGAACAACAAAACUCUCCGCGUGGACGAAGAAACUAUUGUUAAAAGGGUCACAAAUCUGGAAGAAGGCAAUAGAUACACGAUUGCCGUGAAAUCAUUCAAUUUGGCAGGGGUUAGCCGUGGGAGUAGUAAUAAUAUCACUAUCAUGACACAAGAAUCAGCUCCCUCCGGUCCACCUACUUCAGUAAGAAAUGGUACUAUCACACCAACCAGUAUCACUGUCAAGUGGGACGAAGUGCCCUGUCUACACCGUAACGGAAGGAUCACUGGUUACAUGGUUCAUGUAGAGAGUAUUGGUCAGAAUGAUAAGAUGUUCAAUGUUGGCGAUAUUAGAGAGACCGCUAUCUUGGAGCUGAUGCCGUCUACUGAGUAUACCGUGCAAGUGGCAGCAGUGAACAUUAUUGGAAGAGGGCCAUUCAGCAAUGGCCGUGUUUAUUUGACAAACGACGGACUGACAAUAUCAAUCAGCUACACCUCAACCACAUCUCUGGGCAUAGUAUGGUCGCUAGAGGAAGGUGCUACGCCGGCUAAUUCCACCAUCUUCUACUCCAAAACUGACACAGACUGUUUCAAUGCCAGUAGUACCAUCACAACUAGUGACACAGCAUACAAUCUGACUGGCUUGGAAGAACACAUCAGAUACUUUAUCACUGUGAAUGCCAUGCUACCUGAUGGAGGAACCAGAGUGGACAGCAUUUCAGCUUUUACAAUGAGUGCUGCUCCAUCUGCUCCUCCAACUUCCGUGGAAGUGUCAGUGGUAAACUCCACAGCAAUCACGGUCCAGUGGGGAUCAGUGGACUGUAGACAUCGUAAUGGAGAGAUAAUAGGCUACAGGGUGAGGUAUGGAGAGGUGGGAGGUGGUGAGGGAGACAGGACUGCAGUCCAGAUGGUGUCAGGAGACUCCACUGGAGGAAGCACCACCAUCUCUGGACUGACCAAAGAGACAGUCUACACUGUGCAAGUGGCAGCAGAGACCAGUGCUGGCACAGGGGUUUACAGUCAUCCUCGAGAUGUCCACACCCUAGCCUCUGUGUACCUCAGUCUAAAUGGCGACAUUAUCCCUAAUCAUGGCUAUGUGGAUAUCGGUGAUGUAGGCUCCACUGACGACACUGCUCUACUCUGUCAUACUAACCGUCUUCCACUUCCUCACAGUCCUUACUCAGGAGGAGACUGGUUUGGACCGAAUUUUAUUAGAGUCUCUGAUGUUCAUACUCCAGGAUUUGAGCGAAACAGAGCCCCUAUGUUAGUGAGACUGUUGAGAGACUAUAGUGAUGCAAUAGAAGGGAUGUAUCGCUGUGUGGUACCAGACAGUUCCGACUCUGGGCAAACAGUGUAUGUUGGACUAUACGAUUAUGGAGGAGACAUAGUAGUGUCUAAUAUAGUACUGACGGUGGACUCUGACCUCAAUGGAGCCAGUCCUCAGUUCACCCUCACCUGUAUCUCCGCUGGUGGACCUGCUACCACUGUCACUUGGACCAGAGACUCCACCACUGUCACCCAAGGAACAACUGAGAGUAUGCUGAAUUACCAAGUAAUUCCACAGUACACACACACUCUGACUGUUACCAAAAGACUGGGAGGACUCUACACAUGUACUGUAGCUAAUAGCAAGCCAUCAAAAAGCUCUGCCAGCCUACGUGUUAAAGUUGCCUCGGCUCCAGCUAAUGUGACAGCAGUCCAGGAUGGUCCCACUAGUGUCACAGUGACCUGGAUUCCUCCCUCUCCACUGGGAGAUACCACUGGCUACAGGAUCUCCUUCACUGGAGUAGGCAGCAGCGGUAGUGUGGAUGUUCAUGAUGGCUCAACUAAAGUUUACUUACCAACUAGUCUAGUGACAGAUAGCAUAUCUGUUGUGGGCUUAUCACCUCACCUCCCUAGUGAUUCUGUUGUGCGCAAAGUCACACUGUAUCGACCACUAAAAGUUAGUGUGAGCUUCAUAACAGCCACCUCCAUCUCCCUCUCCUGGAGUGUGUCCAGUGGGAGGGUGGCCAGUUGGGAGGUGGUCUGGAACAGAGGCACUGAGAGCACCAGUGGUCCUCUGUCUGGCACUACCUACACCAUCCUCCAGUUGGACCCCUCCACUAUCUACACACUCACUGUCAGACCUAUUACUACUACUGAUGUUGGUGGAAUCACUCACAGUCUCCCUCUCAUAGUUUCCACUACUGCUAUAGCUGAUGCUUGCCAGAAAGAGGGCAACACCAACAACGUGAUAGGCAUUACUGGAGCAUCAGCGGUGUCUGUGGUGGUGGUAAUAAUCGUUGCCCUCAUAAUCAGAGUGUUGAUAGUCUUGGUAUCAAGACAAUGUGGGCGGUGCUCAAAAGAAACUGCUCUGUAUGUAUGGUUGUUUGGUAGCUUGCUAUGCUCAAGUUGUAACUCCACCAACAGGGACCCCAGGACUAGCAAGAACGAGGCCUACGGUACAGUGAAGAACACAGGAGAAUCAGAUGGACUCUAUGAGACAAUACCUCUGCAAACUCCUCCUCCUCCUCCUCCUCCUCCUCCUCUCCCCCAACCUGCCCCUGGAGACUAAUUUUUUCCUGAUUACCGUGCAAUUAGUUAAGGACUUUCAUAGAAUUCUCUUUAAUUCUCUUUAGAGCUGCUUAUUAGUGCUUAAUGAAAUCAAUGAAAUCAAUGAAAAAUCAACCAAGCCGAGUUUUUCCAUUUUUGCCGCCCUUUUAGGUAUCCCCAU